UAGUGUUUGACAGAAACAUGGACUCGGGGGUCUUCUUUAUAUGAAGCUGUAAUUUAUGUCAUAGAUGGCCUUUUGCUGUGUUUUUGAGCGGGUUCACCACACUGGAGCAUAUACUACUUAUAGAAAGUAGUGUUUUGCAUGUACAUUAGGUUUUAAGAGCAUCGUGCAAAUGUUUCAGCAUGUCAUAAAUGGUCUUGUACAGUGGUUUUAAAUAAGUUCGCAACAAUAAUGCCAUAAGGAUGCACUGGAUGGUCAUGGAGAAUACUAGAUUACUGAUGAGUGACUUUAAUUAUUAAUUCCACUAGUUGCUACUUAGAAUAUAUAUAAUAUUCCUUAGUUUUCUGUAAUUAAAAUAGCUUUUGAUGAGUGGCACAAAUUUAAAAAUAGAAAUAGAUCUGCAAGACCUAAGUCUUACAGUACUAUUGUUCAACUGAUUCAAUCACGUGAACUUCAGCUGAUUAUCUAUGGGUCACCAGAUCAGCAACCAUAAGCAUCUACUGUGUUUAGGAAUAAGCAUCUACUGUGUUUAGCUUAUUUAGUUUAUUUUAGUUUAUUUUGCACUUUGUGUAUUGUAGGAGCACAAAACGCCAAACUGAUUCUCAGUUGAAUUGGGACAGUGGGGAGGUAGCCACCAAACUUGAUUUUUGCAAGACAGGGGGUCACAGAUCAUCAUUUCCAAAUGAGAAUGUUGAGAAGCAGCCCUGUAAGCAUGAGGUCAUCCAUGCAAAUUUUUCAAGCAUGGACAAAUGUUCUGCAUGUUUUGGACCUGUGGCGCCACUCAAGUGGAUUGGUCUGAGGUGUAAAGUGUGCUCUAAAUUUUGGCACAAGAACUGCUUUGCAAAAUUUGAAAAGAAUGAUGAAGAACCACUUUCAUGGGAUAUAGGAUUUUCAAGUUCUGAUGAGGAAGUGUCACUCUCAGAUGAGGAAUAUGUCCCAGACUCAGACAGUGAAUCGUGCAGUUCAGUGGAGUUAGCAGCAGGAUAUGUAAACAAUGUCCAAAACAAAUGUUCCUCAAAUGAACAGAACGUGAAAGUUGCCACCUCAGAGUGCACCAAAUCUCAGAAAACAAAGUUGAACCAGGAAGGUGUAAGCAAAGGUUCACAGUAUUUGAAGGCCAGGAAAGUGUCUUGUUUAAAUGAGGAUGAUUUAUUUUGUUGUCUGGAGGAGUUGACAAGUGGAGAAUCAGACAAUGAGUCAGACAGUUCUGCAGAAGGGACAGAUUUACUUUCAAGCACCAGUCAAGUUAAACGCCUUUCAGAGAUCAAAAGAUCAUCAAAAGUUGACGCUUUAAUUAAUAGAUCAGAUCGUGUUUCUUUGCCCAGAAAAGACCAUAAAACACCUACAAGUGAACAGCAGUUGGAAAUAAUAGGUGGUACUAGUGCACUUGAUUUGCCUGGAGAUUAUAAGGAUGUAUCAGUGGCAGGAGCAAAGGGUAACAUGGCUGGAGCUGAGAAAUGUCUUCAAUCAUCAGACAUUUCUUGUUCUGAAAAUAAGAAUUACUGUUACAUUUGUGGGAAACCACAGUCAAAAAUAUCUCGUCAUUUAAAAACCCAUUUGACUGAAGUUGAAGUUGCAGAAGCACUGUCAUUUCCAAAACGCUCAAAAGAACGCAAAAGACUACUAGAAAAAAUUCGGAACAAGGGGAACUAUCGGCAUAAUUCCAAUGUAUUAGAGAAAGGAAAUGGGUUGCUUAAAGUAAAACGAAGGCCAAACAAAGAUUGUGAUUCAAAACAGUUUGUGCAUUGUAUGUACUGCAAAGCAAUGUUUGGGCGUAAAGAACUAUGGCGACAUGUGAGAAGAUGUUCCUCAAAGCCAGGUUCAGUAAGUGAACAUCAGGGACGGACCAGAGUGUUGGGUUUGGCUGCCAUGGCAGAGUCUACAUCUUUGCAGCAGAUAUCUGGAGGAGUUUGGAAGCUCUUGAGUGCAAUGAAGCAAGAUGACAUAUCUUCUGUUGUACGCAAUGACUUCUGCAUUCUUCAGCUAGCGCAGUCAUUCUUCAACAAACAUGGAAAUGACCCUACCAAGUUUGAAUAUAUUCGUCAGAAGCUUCGAGAAAUUGGGAGGUUUUUGAUAACAUUGCGCAGUGAGUCCUCUAUAUACAGCCUUGAGGAAGCUAUAAAACCAGCUAAUUUCCAGCAUGUUAUUGAAGCUGUGAAGAAAGUGUCAGGUCAUGACGAAGAAAAAAACUACUACCAAAGGCCAAGCCUAGCAUUGAAAUUGGGCCACACAUUGCAAAAGGUCUGCGAGCUCAUCCACUGCAGAGGUCUAAUGGCAGAAGAUGAAGAGUUAAUUAAGUCAACUGAGACAUUCAGAAAGCUAUAUACCACCAAGUGGUCUGAGCUAAUAUCACACAGGGCUUUAAGCACAAUGAAUGAAGCAAAAUUCAAUAAACCGUCAACACUGCCUUUCACUCAUGAUGUUCAGCUCCUUCAUAAACACCUGGAAACUACUGCCAAUGCAGCAUCUGAAAACCUGAAAAAAACAUCAUCAUCACAAAGUUAUGCAGAACUUGCAAAAGCUACCCUUGCAAGGGUAAUUAUUUUCAAUCGUAGGCGUGCCGGUGAAGUAUCUAAAAUGCAGCUCAAAAGCUUCCAGGAAAGAGAGAACACACUACUUCACGCAGAUGUUGCAGUAGGUCUUUCCAAAUUUGAGCAGAAACUCUGUAGUCAUUUUAGUAGAGUUGAAAUCAGAGGUAAAAGAGGUCGAAAGGUUGCUGUCCUCCUCACACCAGAUAUGGUAGAUGCCCUAACACUUCUGGUGAAUAAAAGAACAGAGUGUGCGGUUCAGGAUAACUGCUUCUUGUUUGCUAGACCCAAAUGCCAGAGUCAUUACAGAGGUCAAGAUUGCUUGCGGCUCUAUGCAACUCAGUGUGGUGCUCAAAAUCCACAACAUCUCAGGUCAACACAUUUGCGCAAACACGUGGCCACUCUAUCACAAAUUCUUAAUUUGAAAAACAAUGAAUUAGAUCAAGUUGCUGACUUCUUGGGGCACGAUAUUCGUGUACACCGUGAGUAUUACAGGCUUCCAGAAGCGACAACUCAGCUGGCAAAAAUAUCCAAACUUCUGCUUGCUAUGGAAAAAGGGUGUCUCCCUAACUUUCAAGGCAAAUCACUCGAUGAAAUUGAAAUUGAAGAUGAGAUCAACUUAACUGAUGGCAGUGAUGGAACUGAACCUGACAGUGAUACAGAGGAUGCUACCUUGGGCACACCAAGACUGAAUGAAAGUCAAAGCAUUCAGCCAGCUACAGAAGAUAAUGCUGGAGGCUCAACAGAUUCCAUCAGUGUGGGCCAGGUUUUUAUAGCAGCAAUUAAAACCUCAAAGAAGAAGUCGCGAACACAGUGGUCAAAACAGGAGGUGACAGCUGUAUUGAAACAUUUUAAAGAUCAUAUAACCAAAGGAAAACUGGCAACAAUGGCAGAGUGUCAGCAGUGCAAGUCAGCUGAGGACCCUGUUCUGGCAGGGCGCACUGUACAAAAUAUAAGAGAUUUUGUUAGAAAUAGAGGGAUCACACUAAAAAGGAAAACCAUGUCUAAUUGAAUAUAUAUUAUUUUCUAUAGAGGCAAAAAUGCCAAGGAGAAAAAUAUUGUUUAUUUCUAAUUUUUGGGGAGUAAAGAAUUUGCCCUCGUGUCAUGCACUCUUAAGUUGCAGAAAGUCUUUUGUUACAAGUUAUAAUAAAAAAUUAAUUAUUUUAAUAUUAAUAUUUUAAUUUCACGUUAGUACUUGUGCAUAAGUAAUCUGCAUUUCAUUAAUCAGGAAAAAAGUCAUUUUUGUUUUUGUGCAUAUUCGAGGUCCAAUAAAACAUCACUGACCUUCUAGCACAGUGAAUGGA